GGAGAGAGAGUGAUGCGGUGUCUUUAAGAGUAUUUUUAGGCUGAGAGUUGGUGAUGGCCAGUCGCGGGGAAAAUCAGAGUCAAUGGUGGCAGUACGGUGGCGGCCCAUGAACAUGCAUGAUGGGAUGCUAAUGUGCUCUGGAUUUAAUAGCUUGUUAAGGGGAUUCACGUACACAGCCUAACGGUAUCAAACACACUGGACUUGUGUUUAUGUAUUCAACCUUUGGUUGCUGGGACUUACCUUGGUUAGGGACACUGGAGGUAGAUGUGAGGGAUAACUGCAGCUGGUGAGAGAAGACCUCCACUGGGCUCCCCCAACCCUCUCCUAUACCUUCAGAGCCCCUAUCCUUACAUCCAACAUGUUCUCCUCUAACUUUCUAAGUGGAGGGAAUCCACUAAGUGCGAUGUCCUCUGCUGUGAACAAGUUCAGUCUUUUUGGGGAUGAGACAAGUGAGGAAAAGCAACAGCAGCAGCCUCCAGGACCUUCAAAGCCGAAGGAUUCUCAACAGCAGGGAAAUAACCAACCAAGUGGACAACAGGCAUCAGGUGUGGGUAGGGGUAGCCAAGGAGCUGGACGUGGUGGAGCUCAACCACAAGGACCUGGACGGGGAGGACCUGUCCAGCAGGGAGGUGGUAGAGGUGGUGUUUCGCAGCAAGGAACUGGUAGGGGAGGGAUGCAACAGGGUGUAGGAAGGGGUGGAUCUCCACAACAAGGACCAAGAAGACUUGGGGCAGGUGCAGCCGAGUCAGGGUCUCCUCCAACAGAGGCGGGUAAAUCUGAGCCUCAGAUGAAAGGUGGACCUGGGGUGAAAUCCCUGUGUCCAGUCUGUAAAAAUACAGAACUUAAUCUCAAAUCCAAGGAUUCUCCCAACCGUAACACUUGCACACAGUGUAAAUCAGUGGUCUGCAAUAUGUGUGGGUUCAGUCCUCCAGAUGCUAGUGCUAAGGAGUGGCUUUGCCUGAAUUGCCAGAUGCAGAGAGCUCUAGGAGGGGUAGACAGUAGCGGACCUCCCAUGCAAAAAGCCCAGCCACAACCCAAAGGCCCCAUACCGUCACAGAACCCAGGAAUGCACAAUGUAUCCCCCGCAAAGAAAGACACUGCACAAAUCAAGCAGACACCCCCAUCUGCCAGCCACCCAAGCAAACCAACAGAGGGUCAGAAAACAUCAAGCCAACCCAGCCCCAGUACAGCAAAUACUAACAUUGCUGCUCAUCAGUCACAACAAAAACCACAACAGAAAAUGAAAGGUGCUUCAACUCCCACCAAAAGUGAACCCCCAUCAAAGACUGAACCCCCUAAAGAAGAUUCUGGGUUCUUUGGUUUUGGAUUUGGUGGGGCGCGAUCCCGCUCUCCUUCUCCACAACCCGGUGGCUCUUCUGUUUCUGGAAAGGUUAUGGGGUUCGGUUCGUCGUUCCUCAGCUCGGCAUCCAAUUUGAUUUCCUCUGUGCAGGAUGAGCACUCAACAACACCACCAACUUCUCGAAAGGGUUCUGCUGUUUCUCAAACCUCUGCCAAGAUGACCACACCUCCUCCGUCGCGAAAAGAGUCAGAGACAUCCAAGGACUCUCCCAAUCUUCACAAACCACAGACACGGGAUGAAAAAAUGCUACAGAAAGAUGCUGAGCAAGCUAAAACAACCGUAAUGCAGACAAAAAGUGCAUCUAAUGUUGAUCAAAGCCUAAAAGUUCCUCCCAAAGCCUGUCCACUCUGCAAGGCAAGCCUGAAAAAAGAUCCACCCAACUAUAGUACCUGCACUGAAUGCAAGACCAUCGUGUGCAACCAGUGUGGAUUUAAUCCUGUGCCUCAUCAAACAGAGGCAAAAGAGUGGCUUUGCUUAAAUUGCCAGACACAGAGAGCCCUGAAAGGAAUGGAGUCCUCAGGCCAGCCCAUUAUGAAGUCCCCAAAACAGCCCCAAAAAUCUGUAAAAAUGGAUUCUACACUUGGUUCUGUAGCGAAGCAACAGCCUGCCACUCAACCAGCUUCUCAGAAAAAUGAAACUAGUUCAACGGAAGCAAAACAACCUCCCACACCGAAGCCCUUUCAGCAGCAGAAAGAAAAACAUAACCCUGGUCCUCCAGUGUCUAAACCACCACCAAAGACUGAGCCACAGCAAGAGCAAGGAUUUUUUGGCUUUGGUUUUAGUGGUGCUCGAUCACGAUCACCACCCCCACAGCCUCCUGUUUCUGCAGUGUCUGGAAAAGUUUUAGGAUUUGGGUCCUCCUUCCUGAGCUCGGCAUCAAAUCUGAUUUCAUCAGCUGUUGAAGAUGAAUCUACAAAACAGUCAACUUCUCAAAAUACCCUCAAGACCACCACCACUCCCCCAACAUCUCGUAAAGGGUCCACAACAUCUCAUGGUGCUGCUACGACAACAACUGCAGAAAAAGCGAAUCCACUAUCUAGUCAAAAAGACAAUAAAACUGAGCCAACUGCUGACCAAAAGAACAAAGCACUGUUAUCUCAAGCAAAAAAAGCUGAACCUUCUUUACAGAUGCCAAAAGCAGACAAAGGCACUAAGCCUUUGGUCAAAUCUUGCCCACUCUGCAAGGUAGAAAUCAAAAUGGACCCUAUCAACUACAGCACAUGCACUGAAUGCAAGAACACUGUGUGCAACCUCUGUGGAUUCAACCCCAUACCGCACCAAACAGAGGUGAAAGAGUGGCGUUGUCUGAACUGUCAGACUCAGAGAGCUCUCAGAGGAAUGGAGCCACCGGGACCUCCAAAAAUGGAGAUGUCAGGACAGCCAAACAAUGUCCCAGUUACUCAACCACUCAGUUCACCCUCAGUCCAAAAAAAACAGGCUUCUGAUUUGGAAAAGGCAGGCAAGAAAAUUGAACCUCCUCAGAAAUUACAAGAGCAACAAACCAAGGCCCCAAAUGGCUCCUUACCAAUCCAAAUAGUUCAGCGGCAAGAAAAUGAAGCCAAAUCUGAAGCCCCUGGCAAGUCACUCAAAGAAGAAUCUGGAUUCUUUGGUUUUGGUGCUAGAUCAAGGUCUCCAUCUCCUCAGCCUGCAGUGUCUGCUGUGUCUGGGAAAGUUUUGGGCUUUGGCUCCUCUUUCCUCAGUUCAGCAUCUAAUUUAAUAUCAUCCACUGUGCAGGAUGACACCUCCAAUACUCCACCAACGUCUCGCAAGGGGUCUACAGUUUCCCAAACUUCAAAUAAGACCACACCAACACCGCCUACGCCUCGUAAAGGAUCAGCAGCACCGCAAGACUCAAAAACUCGCAAAGAUACAACAGUUUCUCAAAGCUCACAGAAAAACGCAACACCACCUACGUCCGGGAGCUCUGCUGUUCCUCAGACCACAAACACAGCAGUUAAGGCUUUGGCUACAUCUGCUGAAUGCACUGGGGACGCAAAACAACCUAGUUCACAGAAACAAGAGAAAAAGAUAAGUGAGUUACCUCAGCUAGCAAGUACACCAUCUGUGCAAGCAAAAACAGACCAAGCAUUGCUUUCAACAAAUGACAAGUCUCCCCUGCCUAUUCCCAAAACUUGUCCACUUUGCAAGGCAAAUAUUAGCAGUGAUCCUCCAAACUUUAGCACCUGCACGGACUGCAAAAACACUGUGUGUAACCUUUGUGGAUUUAACCCCAUGCCUCAUCAAAAAGAGGUGAAGGAAUGGCUUUGUUUGAAUUGUCAGAUAAAAAGAGCGCAUGUAGCUCCAAGCCUAAACCCCCAGGUACAGGCUAAUGCAGGCUCACAACAAGACAGAAAACCUCCAGUUCAACAAGCAGCAGGUACAACUAAGAAUCAAACAACAACAGUGGGAAAACCAACUGCUACUUCAGCAGCACAGAAGCCUCAGAUGGAAAAACCACAUCCACAGCAAGACACUUCAAAACAGUUGCCAAAAAAUGCCAGAACCUCAGAGAAAUCUGCAUCAAAAGCAGAGCCCUCAAAAGAAGAAUCUGGCUUCUUCGGCUUUGGUUUCGGUGGUGCUCGGUCUCGAUCUUCUUCUCCUCAACCUGCUGUUUCUGACAAGGUUCUAGGCUUUGGUUCUUCCUUCCUCAGCUCAGCAUCUAAUCUCAUAUCCUCAGUAGUUCAGGACGAAUCCUCCACAACACCACCAACACCUCGUAAGGGUUCAACAGUUUCCCAGACAUCUGUGAAGUCUGCAACGCUGCCCUCAUCCCGUAAAGGUUCGUUGGUUUCACAGACACCUCCCAAAACAACUGCUGAACUAUCAACAGACAUUUCUCGAAAGGGGUCUGCAGCAUUCCAGGAUUUAACAAAAUUGCCACAGGCUACAGAGGAUAAAUCACUUACUCAUAGGAAAAUGGAAGACAAGCCAUCUGCACAAGUGGAUUCAUCACCAUCACAGCCGAGAGCAACUGAUAAGUCAUCAAAGUCCCCCCCAAAAGAAUGCCCACUUUGCAAGGUGGAGCUCAAGAAAAAUCCUCCUAAUUUUAACACCUGCACUGAAUGCAAGAAGAUUGUGUGUAAUCUCUGUGGGUUCAAUCCUAAUCCUAAUCAGACUGAGGCAAAAGAGUGGCUUUGCUUGACCUGUCAGAUGCAACGCGCAUCCAUGUCUUCCCAUGCAGAGCCUCAAGAACAAGCUAAGAAAUUAGGACCAGUGCCCAAAAAAGAGACGACGCAAGAGUCUCUACAAAAGAAACAAAAUCCAAUGGAUGCCACCAACACUGCUGUAGGGAAAAAGGAACACGUUGACAGUCCAACAAAAAUGCCCAGUCAACCUAAAACAUCAGAGCAGGAGAAGUCUGACAAGCCACUAGAAAAGCAACCAGAACCACCAUCAAAAGCUCAACUCCAUCAAGAGGAGUCUGGAAUAUUUGGUUUUGGCUUUGGUGGGGCUCGAUCCAGAUCUCCAUCACCUCAGCCUGCAGUUUCUGCUGUGUCUGGAAAAGUUUUAGGGUUUGGUUCCUCCUUCCUUAGUUCAGCCUCUAAUCUGAUAUCAUCAGCUGUUCACGAGCCUUCUACCACCCCACCAACCUCCCGUAAAGGUUCCUCGGUUUCAGAAACCACACCUCUUGCGGGCUCCCGUAAAGGCUCUGUAAUGUCAGAAUCAUCAUUCAAAAGCAACACAACACCGCCUAGUUCGCGGAAAGGUUCUGAGACCAUGCAGGAUUCUCAAAAAGAUCAAUCUACUAAAGAAACUAAACCUUCAGUUCCACGUAAAGAAGAUGAAAAGAGACAAGAGAAGAGCCUGUUAGUUCAGCAGGCUAGGGAGCCAUCAGAUAAUGUCAAGGACGAUAAAUUAGGGACACAAAAGGCUUUGUCUAGACCUAUUCCGAAAAUAUGUCCACUCUGCAAGGUAGAACUCAAAAAAGAUCAAUGCAACAGCUGCUCUGAAUGCAAAAAUACUGUAUGUAAUUUGUGUGGGUUCAACCCCGCACCACAUGAAUAUGAGGGAAAAUGGCUUUGUUUGGCCUGUCAAAUGCAGAAAGCUCCAGAACCUUCCCCUGUGCAGCCAAGACCAUCUACAAAAGAAGUUGCACCACCUAAAAAGGAUACUCCAACUCCAGACACAUCACAGAAAAAUCCAGCAGCUGCUACUCAAAAGAAACCAGUGGCAGAAAAGACAAGAAAGCAAACUUUAGGAGAAACAAAACAACCCACUCAAAAGGAAACAAGUCAACCUCAACCUCAUAUGGCACAGGUUCCAACAGAAUUUCAAAAAACAGAGCCACAAGACAAAACUGGUUUCUUUGGGUUUGGUUUUGGUGGAGCUAGAUCUAGAUCACCGUCUCCUCAGCCUGCUGCCUCUGCUGUUUCAGGGAAGGUUCUAGGAUUUGGUUCCUCCAUCAUAAACUCGGCAUCCAAUCUAAUCUCAUCAGCUGUUCAAGAUGAAACGUCUGCAACACCAUCUGGUUCUCGCAAGGCAUCGGUGGUUUCUCAAAUGUAUGAUAAGACACCACCAACUUCUCGGAAAGGUUCUGCAAUUUCACAAACCACUAAUACAGUUAAAACCACUCCUCUUUCCUCUCGCAAAGGUUCAGCGGUUUCACAGACAUCUGUCAAAACUCUUCCAACCUCACAGAAAGAAUCUGAGGCUGUUCUAAACUCUGAAGCCAUUAAAAAUGUAAGUUGGACAAAAACUGAAUUAGCAGAAAAACAAGAAAGCGCUGUUGAAAGGCAAGUCGAACAAAGUUCAACAGAUCAACUCCCUAAAAAAGCAGCUCCCCAACAAGAACAAGAAAAGCAAGAUGGAGCUGCUCCUGACUCCUCUAAACCCCCUGAAGAGUCUGGCUUCUUUGGCUUUGGCAAAUCUCAGUCUCCAUUACAUCAACCUACUGCGUCUUCGGUUUCUGGAAAGGUUUUAGGAUUUGGGUCCUCCUUUCUUAGCUCAGCCAGUAAUCUGAUCUCAUCAGCUCUGGACGAAACUACUACAUCACCACCUAAUUCUCGCAAAGGUUCCACAUCCUCCCAGUUAUCUAAUAAAACCACCACCCCACCUUCUUCUCGCAAAGGCUCGUCGGUUUCCCAGACUUCAGACAAGAUCACUACUCCACCUUCCUCACAAAAAGGAUCUAUCAAGACCAGCACACUUCUUUCUUCUCAAAAGGGACCUGAAGAUUUGAAGGCUUCUUCUAAAACACAGCUUUCAGAUGACAAAAAGGUACAUCCUGCAAAUAUACAAGAACAGAUAAAAACAGAUGAGAAGAAAUCUGAUGUCAGUCCAGCUCAAACCACCUCUCCCGCGGUUAUUAAAUAUGUGCCACCUAAAACAACAAAGACAGAGUCGACUAAAUCACUUCCCAAAACCUGCCCUCUCUGUAUGGUCGAUUUAAAGCUGGACCCUCCCAAUUACGAUACGUGUACCAAGUGCAAAAAAACAGUUUGUACGCUGUGUGGCUUUAACCCCAUGCCCAAUGAGACAGAGAAAAAGCAGUGGCUGUGUUUGAGUUGCCAGAUGCAAAGAGCUCAGGUUGAAGCAAACAAAGUACCUCCACCACCAUCACAGCUAAAGAAAGAGACACUUCCUGUUUCCCAGCAGAAGCCAGUUGGCUCAACAGAUGCCACAGAAAAACAGCAGACGCUUUCAGCAAGUGCGACACCAGAGUCUAAACCACAAAGUUCAGUUCCACCAACACAGAAGACCCCUCAACAACAGGAUCAUAAUGUAUCUGGAAAAUAUACCACUCCACAGAAGACGGGGUCCACAAAAGAAGAGGCUGGCUUCUUUGGAUUUGGACGCUCAAGGUCACCAUCCCCACAACCUGCUGUUUCUGGUGUUUCUGGAAAGGUUCUAGGCUUUGGUUCUUCUCUUCUGAGUUCAGCAUCUAAUCUCAUCUCCACUGCUGUACAAGAUGAAUCCUCCGCAUCAUUACAAGCCAGUCAGGAGGUGUCAACAGCUUCUCAAACUUUUAUGAAGACGACAUUAACACCAGCUACUUCUGAAAAAGGAUCUGCAAAUUUGCCACCUAUACAAGGUGCAAAUUCUGAAAAAGAGAAAGGGAAAGAAAACAAAGCGGAGAAGAAAAUGACAGUUCAGGGAAAUGUUAUAACAAAAGAAGGUGAACAGAAAUCAGAGCUUCCAAAAGCAUGUCCGCUUUGUAAGGCAGAAUUAACAAAGAAUUCUUCAAAUUAUAACACCUGUACUUCUUGCAAGAGCAUUGUGUGUAAUCUUUGUGGAUUCAACCCAGUGCCACAUCAGACUGCGGCAAAGGAGUGGUUGUGUUUGAACUGCCAAAUGCAAAGAGCUCCUGAACCUCCACAGGCCAGACCCCAGGCUACCAAAAAACCUUUACUUGCAUUACCACAAAAACAAACAACUCCAAUUCCCAUUUCUUCACAGAGUAAGCCAAGCAUUCUAGCAGAGGAUCAGAAUCUGUCUGUCUCUGGAAAACAAGAAAGCAAAUCCAAUGUGGCAGAUUCGAGACAACAUGCCACUAACAAAUCAGAGGCCCAAAAGAAUAAAAGUGAUGUCUCAGCUGCCAAAUCUGAUCAACCACCUAAACCCAAACCUCCUAAAGAGGAUUCUGACUUUUUUAGCUUUGGUUUUGGCAGUUCUCGUUCAAGAUCACCAUCCCCUCAGCCCACCGUGUCUGCUGUUUCGGGGAAAGUUCUGGGUUUUAGCUCCUCCUUCCUUAGCUCAGCAUCCAAUCUAAUAAACUCAGCUGUUCAGGAUGAAACUUCUAAAACUCCACUGACAUCUCGCAAGGGAUCUACAGUCUCCCAGACAUCGAUUAAGAUCUCGCCAACACCACCUGCUUCUGGAAAAGGAUCGGUGACUGCUCAGGACUUGACACAGAAACCUGAAGUGGAAUCGAAGACACCUUCCACGCCAACCGAAGUUGCAAACCAAAUCGCAACUGAGAAAACAUCAGAGCAGGUUAAACCAUCACAAACACCAGUGAAAGAGGAACAUCUGAAAACUUGCCCACUUUGUAAAGAGACCCUCAAGGAGGACCCACAGAAUUAUAGUACCUGCACUUCUUGCAAGAGCACAGUUUGUAAUCUGUGUGGAUUCAAUCCCAAUCCACAUCAAACUGAGGUGAAGGAGUGGCUGUGUUUGGCUUGCCAGAUGCAGAAAAUGCCAGAGCCUCUCCCUGCUCAUCCACAACCACAAUCUAACAAAGUUUCUCCACCAGCAUCUCCACAAAAGAAAGAGACUCCAGCAGCACCUUCCCCAGAGAAGAGGUCAAAUGUCCUUGCUGAGCAGGACAAGAAACCUCCAGUAGAUACCAAAAAACCUGUACUGACUCCAACAUCUCCAAAUGUUCAAAUGUCUAAAGGUGAUGCUUCUCCUUCCAAAUCAACAUCACAACAUAAAGGUGAACAAAUCAAAGAAGAGUCAGGUUUCUUUGGGUUUGGUUUAGGUGGUGCUCGGUCUCCUUCUCCUCAACCCGCUGUCUCUGAGAACGUUUUUGGUUUUGGGUCCUCAUUCCUUAGCUCGGCAUCUAAUCUGAUCUCCUCGGCUGUUCAAGAUGAGUCCACCAAAAGUCCACAGACGUCUCAUAAGGGAUCUACGCUUUUCCAGACUUCAGAUAAGUCCAUGCCAACCCCACCUGCUUCCAGAAAAGGAUCGGUAGCUCCCCAGGACUCUAAACAAACAACACAUGCAGGAGAAUCAAAGCCGGUUCCCGCACCACCUCAAAAAAAAAAUGGGCUAGUGGAAAAAAGCCCAAAUCCUCAACCGACCAAACCACAUGCUGCAGAUGAGCUUCCGAGAGCUUGUCCACUCUGCAAAGAAACCCUUAAAAAGGACCCACAAAACUACAGCUCUUGUAGUUCUUGCAAAAACAUUGUUUGUAAUCUCUGUGGAUUCAAUCCCAGUCCCCAUCAAACAGAGGUGAACGAGUGGAUAUGUUUGACCUGUCAAAUUCAGAAAGUGCCAGGGCCUCCCCCUGCUCAGCCUCAAUCUAGCAAAGUAACCCCACCAGCACUUUCAGAAAAGAAGGAAAGUCCUGUUCCACCUUCUCCUGAAAAGAAGCCAAGUGUUCCUGUAGAGCAGGACAAGAAACCUCCAGCAGAGACCAAAACACCCACGCCUUCUCAAACAACAGCAAAUGCUCAAAUUUCUAAAAGUUAUGUGUCUCCUAAAUCUGGUCCGGCACCUAAAGGUGAUCAAACUAAGGAAGAGUCUGGUUUCUUCGGCUUUGGUGGUGCUCGAUCUCGGUCGCCUUCUCCGCAAACUGCCGUCUCUGAGAAAGUUUUUGGUUUUGGGUCAUCCUUCCUCAGCUCAGCUUCUAACCUGAUCUCAUCGGCUGUUCAGGACGAGUCAUCUAAGAAAACUCCACCAACCUCUCGUAAGGGAUCCACUGUUUCACAGAGCUCUGUUAAGAUGGCACCAACUCCACCUGCCUCAAGAAAAGGUUCAGAAGCACCACAAAAAAUUGUGCCUGCAGAAGAGGCUAAACCAACUACUGCACGGAAACCAGAUGAAAAGAAAAGGCAGGAGGUUAAAUCACAAGAUGAGAUGCCGAAGGUACCAGUUGCUGAGGUGACAAGUAGAAAAACAGCCCCAGAGCCAUUGAAAGCCUGUCCACUCUGCAAGGUGGAUUUAAAGCAGGAUCCACCAAAUUACAACACCUGCUCUGAAUGCAAGAACAUUGUGUGCAAUCUUUGUGGAUUUAAUCCCAUGCCACAUCAAACAGGGGUUAAGGAAUGGCUUUGUUUGAACUGCCAGAUGAAGAGUGCACCAGGAUCUACUUCUGCCCAGCCAAGGCCACCAGUUAACAAAGCACUUCCACCGACAAUACAGCAAAACAAGGAGAUCCCCAAGCCUUUUCCAAUUCCUGUCUCUCCACAAGAGAAGCUAAAUGAGAAGGACAAGACAACAGAUGCUGUAGAGAAUCAAGAAAAAACAUCUACAAAACAAAGCACUACAUCUACAGCACAACCUGAUGCAUCACCUACAAAACCUGCUGUACCGUCAAAACCUGAACCUGCCAAGGAUGAACCAGGAUUCUUCAGGUUUGGUUUCAGUGGGCCUCGAUCUGGCUCACCUCAGCCUUCUGUGACUGCUGUGUCAGGGAAGGUUCUGGGCUUUGGAUCUUCCUUCUUGAGUUCAGCGUCUAAUCUAAUCUCAUCAGCCGUUCAAGAUGAGUCCUCCACCACUCCGCCAAGUUCACGUAAGGCUUCCACGGUUUCUGAAAAAUCUGCCAAGUCUUCAACACCACCAACAUCUCGUAGGGAGUCUGUAGUGUCCCACAUUUCAGAAAAGACCACACCAACUCCACCCGCCUCUCGCAAAGGAUCUGUUGCCCAACAGACCUCUGACAAGGUUCCACCUACUGCUGACUCAACAAUAGCUGUAACAGAGAAGCCAAAGGAGGACAUACCAAGUAAAAAGGAAAUGCAACAGGGUACAACAACAUCUAAAGCUUUGGCUGGGGCACAUGAACCUCCUAAAGCACAGACCAAAGCAUGUCCUCUUUGCAAAGUUGAUCUUAAUGUGGGUUCCCAAGACAUUCCAAACUACAGCACCUGCACUGAGUGCAAGAACGUGGUUUGUAAUCUUUGUGGAUUCAACCCAACACCUCACCGAACAGAGGUUAAGGAAUGGCUUUGCUUGAACUGCCAGACACAGCGAGCGUUAAAUGAAAUGGGACCACAGGAGCCUGCCAAAUUAAAGUCCAGUGAACAAGCUGACAAUGUCUCCAUGUCAGCACCAGCUCCAAUAAAACCAGAGGCACCAUCAUUAGUAUCAACUAAAGUAGCUCCUGAUAUUAUUGAAAUUCAAAAGAAAGAUGUUUAUCAAGUCCAGCUUGAGACAAAACUACCUAAACCCAAUGAAGUUCAAGCUGCAGGCGUCACUGAUCACACUAAGACUCCAAAAGAUGUCCAAAAGAAAGAAACAACUCUAGCUUCAGAAAAACUGUCAGAAAGCACCAUUAAGGCACAACCUGCAUCGUCUGAAAAGAAAGAAACAUCAGCUCCAAAAGAACCAACGAAAGAAAAAGAGCUUGAAAAGUCACCCAGCAAAUUUGCUUCACCUCCUCAAGCAGAACCUCCAAAACAGGAAUCAAGUUUCUUUGGUUUAGGAUUUGGUGGUCCUAAAGUGCAACCUGCUGCUUCUAAGCCACGUGAGUCCGCCACGGGAAAGCUCUUUGGUGGUCUGACAGAAGCAGCUAGAUCUCGUUCACCCUCACCACAAACCGUUUCUGCUGUCUCUGGAAAGGUUCUGGGCUUCGGAUCCUCCAUAUUUAGCUCAGCGUCUAAUCUGAUCACAUCAGCUGUUCAAGAUGAGUCUUCCACCACUCCACCAACUUCUCGAAAGGGUUCAACAGUUUCACAGACAACUGUUAAAACUACACCACCCACCUCUCGCAAGGGAUCCACAGCAGCGCCAGAUUCUAAGGUUCUAUCAAUUGGUGAUGUCAAACCAUAUGUAGCAGAAAAACAUGCUGAGGGAAAACCAGAAGUUAAGCAAGUUGCAAUAUCCCAACCACCUCAAAAGCCUGUUUCUCAAGCAGUUCAGCACACCUGUCCAAUAUGCAAAGUGCAUCUUAACACUGGUUCCAAGGAUGCCAAGAAUUUUACUCUGUGUACUGAAUGCAAGACUACUGUUUGCAGCCAAUGUGGAUUUAACCCAAUGCCUCCUCAAUCAGAGGUUAAGGAGUGGCUCUGCCUGAAUUGCCAGGUACAGCGAGCAAAUUCAGGAAUUGAAGCAUCUGAAAAUACCCCUGUGAAACCCCAGUCAGUUCCCUUGGUAAAGGACAGUCAAUCUCUGUCCAAAGUUGACAAGUUGGCAACAGCUCCAUUUGAGGCCAAAGCCGAUGAGCAGUCCAGCAUAGCUGCGGCUGAAAAGAAAGUAGCUUUUGAUAAGGAAGUAAACAAGAAUAUGACAGUUCCAGGUCCACAACAAAAGCCAGAUGUUAUUGCAACUCAAUCAAUUACCCGAAGUAAAGAACUGCCUAAACAAAACAACCAACAACCAGAGCCUGCAAAACCAUCACAUCAGGCACCCAAAGAUGCAGUCCCUCCUGCAAAAUCUGCUCCACUUCCACAUGCCGAACCCCCGAAACAGGAAUCAAGUUUCUUUGGGUUUGGAUUAGGUGGUGCUAAAGCGCAACCCGCUUCCUCUAAACCAGCUGAAAAAAACGCUGGAAAGUUAUUUGGCUUUGGUGGCCUGACUGAAACAGCUCGAUCUCGAUCACCUUCCCCACAGUCUGUGUCCGCUGUCUCCGGAAAAGUCCUGGGUUUUGGCUCGUCAUUAUUCAGUUCAGCGUCAUCUCUGAUCUCCUCAGCAGUUCAGGAUGAGCCUUCAACAACACCACCGACGUCUCGGAAAGCCUCCACGGUUUCUGCUGAAUCAGUCAAAUCAUCCACAACACCAACUGCCAGCAAAGGCUCACUGGCAUCUCAAAAUUCUCCCAAGGGAAUGCCACCAGCAUCUCACAAGGGAUCUGUUGCAACCCCAGACUCAAAUAAGGUACCUCCUGCAAAAGAUACAAAAACACCCAGUGAAAAGAAGUCAGGGGUUUCGGAAACAGAGCAGCUCAAAGUAUCAAAAAUCACAGAAGAAAAGGAUAAACCUGAAACGAAACAAGAGAAAUUAAAGCAUGUUGAAGGCGUACCUCAGUCAGCAGCAUCUACUUGCCCACUGUGUAAUGUGGAUCUCAAUAUGGACUCAAAGGACCCUCCUAAUUUCAACACCUGCACUGAAUGUAAGAGUGUAGUAUGUCAGCUCUGUGGAUUUAACCCUAUGCCACACAUUGCAGAGGCUGAAUGGUUGUGUUUGAAUUGUCAAACACAGAGAGCUCUAGCUGGACAACUUGGAGACAUGGGGAAAAUGCCUGUAUCCUCCCCUGCAUCCGUAAAAGCCGAGCCAACAGUCACCCCCAAAACAGAAAUAUCCAAGCCCCCUGCUCCAAAACCAUCACCUGAAAAGCAUGUAGAGGAGGUGCAAACUGCUAGUACUGAUGUAAAGACAAUAGUGACCACGUCAGCUGUGCCUGCAGCUUCUUUUACUUCUACUAAUGCUGCUUCUACGGUCACUCAUAUAUCUGUUGCCCCAGUCUCCAUUGAUGAUGAUGAUAAAGUAAAGGUGGACAGAGCUCUCAAGGAUAUGCUGGGAACAGCUGUAGAUGAAAGGGAUUUGACGGCACCAAUACCAGCUGUAGAGUCUCGGAGAUAUGUUAUUACUGCUGCUGAGGUUUUGAAAGAAACAGACAAAAACAUUGAAGCUGUUGACGAUAUAGUAAAGGUGAAAAAGGUUACAGCACCUCAUCCAGCUGCCAUAGUAGAACAAAAGGACAAUGUUGUGAUACAAAUGGACACCAGUCUUCCUGAAAUUAGUCAGCUAGCUAAUGUAGACACCUUAAAGGUUGCAGAUAUUAAAGACCAACAAGGACAAGACAUCUUAUCAAGAGCAGCAGAAUCAUACAGCUCAGCUGAGGAGGAGCUUAAAGAGAUACACAGAGUUAGUGAAAUGUCCAUGAAAGAAGCCAACACAAAACUCUUCCAUGUCAAAGCGCCGGAUACCAUAAAACAACACCGUGAGGACAGCAGCGGGAGUGAAUCCUCCCCUCAGAUACAGAUAAGAAGAGUAAGGCCAGCUUCCUCCAGCAGUGAGGAAUACAUUUCUGGAGAUGAUGAAGAAUUCAUACGAAGACAACUAAUGCACAUGGGUGCAGAUGAGAACUUGGUACCAUCCGAUGAGGAAAACCAAAUAGAAGGGAAAGAACUAGAAGCACAGCAAGAGACCAUAGAGGUUGAACCAGAAGAUGCAAAGAAGCCCAAACGGGUACUAAAGAAGCUUUCUGUACAGCCAGAGAAGUGGAUUGAUAAUAGUCUUUAUUCUCAUGAUAGAGAGAAUCAAUAUGCACAAGUCAUCCCUGUCUCAGAAGCUUUACAGGAAUGCAGAGUGGAAAUAGAUGUGUCAGAUGACAAUGAAAAGAUCACAACUACUGUCUCCCCAGUUAGACAGAUCACAGAGGAGUAUGAGAGUUUAAUUGAGGAUUCGUCCAAAGGUGAUGGGUCUUCCAGUGUGCAGGUGUCCAGCAUCACGCCAGGAAGUGCUUCACCUACUUCUGUGUCCUCUAUUGAUGAAGACAGUGAUAGUAGCCCAAGUCAUAAAAAGGCAAAAGUAGAGAGUAAGCAACAAAGAAAGGCCAAACACAGACAACAGGGCCAGGCCCUUCCCACCAUAGAAGACUCAUCUGAGGAGGAUAAGGUACGUAAGGAAAAUGAUGAGCUGAAGGAGGAGGCUGGAGAUGGUGAUCAGCAGCUGUCAAGAAAGGUCACCAAAAAAUCGAAGAAGGAAAGAGAUGAUUUUGCAAUUCAAAGGAGACGUGAUCAAGCCAAAAAGUUAAGGCAAACUUCAGAGCUGGAGGAACACAAGUCCUCAUUUUUCUCUGACUUCUCACCAAGUAUUGAAUCUGAACCAGAGAGUGACCAAAGAGAAUACAGAACGUUAUCAUCUGAAACACACGAGGGAUGUGAUGUCACAGUAAAGCCGUUAAAGAGUGCAGAAGAGGCAUAUGACGAAAUGAUGCAGAAAGCACAGGAAUACAAAACAUUUGACAAACGUACACCUCCUGAUAUUGAGCCACUAUAUGGAGGUAUGUUAAUAGAGGACUAUGCUUAUGACACCUUAGUUGAGGAACAUGAACAGGCAGUAACAUCUUUUAGUAUGGUUACACAUGAGCAUGGUUUUGGAAAGGUGGCUGAGAGCGAGUCUGUAAGAAUACUUAUGACACAAGAGGAGGCUUAUGAGGAAAUGAUGCACAAAAAGAGGGAUGCUUUCCAAAGAGAACAGGAGCCUAAGGAAAUGGAUGCAUCUUUCUUGCAACUUGAUGUCAGUGAUACUUGUUAUGUGGAUAUUUCUGGAAAUUAUGCACAUACUGCAGAUAAAACUGAAAAGCCGCUGUUGCAAGCUGAGGAUGCCUAUGACGAGCUAUUAAAGAAACAAAAAGAUGUUUUAACACCAGGAACAAGUCCAACCCAGUCAUCUCCGGUAUCUCCAGCCUCUCCUCUAUCUGUGUCGGAGUCAUCUUAUGAUUCCCCCGAGGUGAUAUUUAUCCCUUCAAGUGGGGAAGAAGACAUUGCAACCGAACCUAUUGAAUGCAUUUUGGAACCUUACAUUACAGAAUCAACAUCUACUCAAGAUGUAAUGAAAGCCUUGUUUCCUAUUCCUGAUUUAAAAAUCACCCAGUGUUCUUCUGGUGAAGAGGAAGUUGAUGAGGAAGACAGUUAUUCACAAGAAACAACAUCACAAGAGUCCACAGAUGUUCAACAAGGUGAAGAAAUCCUUAAAGAAAUUGCAGAACCAAAAUCAUCAGAAGAGUCAUUGGAGGCUGAUCCAAUUUCUGUCCUUUGUGAAAUUCCUUCUUCCAAACAUGUUGCAGAAACUGCUGGAACUCUUCCAGUUCAGGAUUCGACAAUAUCUCCACCAACAUCUCCAGGCCUUUCAUCUCCAGAUUCAUAUAUAGAAGCAGCAGUGGCACCAUCCUCCUCUCCUGGUUCUGAUCAGACAUCUGAACCAACUACUCCAGCAAGCCCCAGUGUUGUUGAUGAUUCUACAGUUAUAAUUCAUAUGCCAGAAUUAGUGUCUGAGCAAGCCACAGCACAUCCAGGUCCUGUGACUAGUCCUUAUGUUUCCUCCACACAGAUGAUUGAAUCCCCUUCGGCAGUCACUCCAUCCUCACCCCAUGUCUUAGUAAAUGCUCCUACUCCUUCUGAAGUUCCUGUUUCAAAGCGAAUAUUAGGAACUGCUCCCAAAUCAUCAGUUAUAUUCAAACCUACGCAGAAAACAAUCCACACUGAAACUCCAGAUCAUACUGUGGAUUCAGCUCCUCAAGAUUUAGUUGAAAAACCAUUGGCUUUUGAAAUGCAUGAACCAACUCCAGAUGCAAAAUCAUCCACAAUAGAGAAACAAAUAGUUGCACAAGUGGCUGUUCCACAAAUUGAUCAAGAGACAACUCAAAUUUCAAGCCAGACAGUAUCUGUAGCAAAUUCUAUCAUACUUUCCACUGUUGCUGCACCUGUUAUUCAAUCACAGGAGACUUCUGUUGUUGUUCAGAUGCCAAGUCUGGUUACAGCUCAUCCUCAGUCUGUACCUCCAGUACGUCCUAUAGCCUAUGCCCCGGUUCCACCUACAAUAUCAUUAAAUCAGGUGCCUAUUACUCUCCCAACAAUGGUAUCAGCAUCAAUACCAGCAAAUGUUGUCUCUAUGGACCAUGAGGAGACACCUCAUCCACCAACCAGUAUUUCCAUGGAUCAGAGUACAAAGGAAACCCAACUAGAAUUGGCACCCACAUCUGGCAAAACCUCACCUGUUGUACCUCCAGAGCCUACUGCUGCAAAGACAGUCUCUGUUGUUUCUCCUACUGUUACUACUAUAGUUGCUUUUGCAGCUAUACCCUCCCAACCAGUUCAGCCAAUGUUGGUACAAACUCACUCAGUGGUGGGGGAAAUACAGCAGAAACCUGUACCAGAAUCUGCUACUGUUUCUCCAUUGCAAUCAGUUUCACAAAUGAUUUCUCCUGCUGUGCAGACACAGCAAGGUCAAGUUGUCAUCAUGCUCCCGAAUUUUGAAAAUGUGUCUCUGAUUAACCAGACAGCUCAAGCAUCCUCAGUGGCUGUUAAAACAACUAUUGGUGAUGGUAGAAGUCACCCUGUUGUUGUUAGUGUUUCUCCUUUACCUUGUGCAGCCACUGUUCCAUCUUUAUCAAGUGCUGUCACUGAUUCAGCAGUUCCUCUCACUGUUACAAAACCUCAUAUAAUGGCCGUCUCUCAGGAAAGAACAGAUAAACCAGUGAUUGAAUUUCCACCACCACCUUCAGUUUCACCACCCGAACUGCCCUAUAGCACAGUGCCCAAAGUUGACUUUAAUCAACUUAUGACUGUUUGCACUUCUUCAUCAGUUAUAGCAACUCCUGAACCCCCUUCAUGUGUGCCCAGCAUGACUGUUAAACCAGCCAUAACCCCACCACACAAAUCACCACCUCCUGUUCCUCCCAAGCCAUUCUGUAUUCCACCAGGACUGGUAUUCAAUCACAGAUCAAGAGAAAGCGUGAAACCACCAGUUAGCCCUGAACCAGUAGCUGUUCAAGCGGUUCGUGCUGCAACUUUACCAAGAACAAGAGAACCCCCAAAAGCACUGUCAUUAAGUUUGACUGCCCCUGUUGAGAGCAAGUAUGGUGCUUCGUCACCAAAAUCACCUCUGUCACCUAGAUUUGCCAGAACACUUGAAACAUACGUGGUGAUAACAUUACCCUCAGAGCCAGGCUCACCUGUGCAGAGCAUUACAACUCAAGCCCCGAUGCGCAGAUCAUCACUGCCAACUCCAAGGCAGCAGGUUCUAUGUGAUGCUCAAAGAGUUUUUGCAACGGCUUACGUGGAUGCUCCUGUGAUGGCAAUUUCUGCUCAAACCGUAGCAGCGCCACCAAAGUUUACCUCAACUAUAGCAGCACCACCUCUAGUGAUGGCUCCUGAAACUGCACCAGUCACCAAGGAGAUUUCAGUAGAUUCAGCACCAAGUGUAAUAGCUCCUUGUAUGACUGUUCCAGUGCCAGCAGUUUCUGCUGUUCAAACAUUGUUUUCAGAACCACUUGUAAUAGCAUCACCAGAAGUAGCACAGGCUUUGACUGUUGUUCCAUGUGUCACAACAGACAAUAAAAUGCAUUCUCCAUCUGUACUGUCUACAGCAACAUAUGAUUCAGCGCCAGCUGUAAUCGUUCCACCUGCAGUGAUUGCAGCAGCCCCACAUGUUGCCAUUGAACCAACAGCAACAGCGUACACCACACCUUCUAUGGUUUCUGCUAUCCCCAUGGCUUCAGAACCAUUACAAACAUCAAUACCAUCAGAGAAGGAGGUCACUGUAGCGUCUGAAUUUAUUGCACAGCAGACAGUGAGUGAGGUACGGCAGGACCCUGAGACACAUCAAAGGUAAACAACAUAUCCUGCA